AUAUCUGCAGCCAGGCAGAGCGACAGUGGAGGGAAUGACAAGGUUCCCACCUCCCAAGUCCGGGGCAAGCAAGAUCUCGGAGCCUAAAUCACGGCAACCCCGCGGGACCCCGUGACGUGGCGCGGUGGAAUGCGCGGCGGCGAGUGGGACGCGGCGCCACCCCGCCGCUUCCGCCCUUCUGAGGCUCGGCGCCCGCGCAGCCUAGCCUUGAUUGGACGUCCCGGGACAUGUGGCGCCGCGAUUGGCCACGCGCUGAGUGACGUCAGGGACGAGGUCUUGGCGUGAAUGGGGGCAGCAUGGCGCUGUCCGGCCUCUUCCUGCGCAGGCUGUGGCGGGGUCUGGCCAUGAGCCGGUGCGUCUUGGAACCCCGGUCCGCGGGGCAGCGGUGGCUGGUGGCUGGCCUGGGGAACCCGGGCCUGCCCGGCACACGGCACAGCGUGGGCAUGGCGGUGCUGGGGCAGGUGGCGCGGCGCCUGGGUGUCGCCGAGAGCUGGACGCGCGACCCGCGCUGCGCCGCCGACCUGGCCUUGGCGCCCCUCGGUGAUGCCCAGUUGGUCCUGCUUCGGCCGCGGCGGCUCAUGAACGACAACGGGCGCAGCGUGGCCCGGGCCGGCAAUGCCAAGACUGCGGGUGGGCAUUGGGCGGCCAACCCACCCAAAUGCUGUGCCGGCCUUUGUGCUGAGCAGCUUCUCCCCGUCGGAGCAGGAGCUGCUGCCCCCGCUGCUGGACCGAGCCACCGAUCUGCUCUUGGACCAUAUCCGGGCGCGAAGCCAGGGCCUCUCCCCAAUCCCCUCCUGAUGCCCACUUGGCUCUGUGAACCCAGCUGUGGCCACAGAGCUGUCAGGCCCAUGGUGCUGUCUAUGUUUUAUGCAACUUUUUCUCAGGGUUGCUGCAGGCCAGGCCACCCACUUUGGUGGUGGAACGGGACCUGGCCAGUCCUGGGUCGGGGUGGGAAGGUCGUCUUCUCCUCGCUUCUUACUUGGGAUGCAGGCAGUAUUCAGGGAGACUAA